ACAGUAGGUCUGUUCGCAUUGCUCGAUUCUUUAAAAAAUUAUGAACAUUUACACUUAAAAUGAGAGAAAAAUAUAUAUUCGGGCGUUUAAGAAAGAGAGAAUACGAAGUUGCUGAGUGCAAAAAGUGCAAGAAAUGCGAAUAGACUUACUGGCUACUAAAAGCUAAAAGUCGCAAUCGUCGCAAUAUACAGGAACAACUGGGCAACUGGGCAGUGACGGCAGCUGUGGCAGUGACAUACAGAAAAACACAUGCAAUAAGUAACUUGAAUUAAUUGCAAUCGAAAAUUAUUGAAAACUCGAUUUGCCAGAAGUUCAAGCAAUAAUUAAUCAUUCAUGGAUAUACGAAGUUUGCUAUCUUUCCUCAAGUAUUGGUACUUUCGAUACACUCUCGUUACUGAAUUAUACAUGGUAGAGGAAUGGGAAAGAAAUUUUAUCAACAUUUUUCUUCUAGUCCUGUUCUCGCUUUUCUUCCUCUUCAACUACAAAGUAGUGUUGCCACUCACGCAAUAUAUUUUAGGAAAUUGAUUACGUUUGAUGUUCCUGCAACUUAUAAAAAUUACAUUGUUUCAAUAUUCUAAUGAAUUCCACUUAUAA